AUGAGGUGGACUGAUGGUUGCUGUUUGAAAGAUCAUUCUUGGAAGGUUGUUAGUGCAAAAUGCCCGUAUUAUCUUCGCAGUUGGGGGGUUUUGGUUGACGCUAUGUUUUAUUGGAUAGGAUAUGGGGACAUGUAUAAUGAUGUCAAGAUUGAUGCAAUCGUUUCGCUCGAUUUGGGGACAGAGGAGUUUGGUACGGUGGUGCUACCAGAAGGUUGGUUUCAUCCCGAUAGAGCUUUGUUAUUGAUGGAAAUGAAGGAGAUGUUGUGUUUGGUUGAUUUAUCUGAGUACCACUCUACCAUGGAUUUUUGGAUGUUGAAAGAUUCCAAGAAGUAUAUGUGGGUUAAGGAGUACAGAAUUGAUCUGGGCAUGUUUAAUCUCAACAGGGGGUUUAUUACUCCAAUGGAUCACAAGGAAGGGAAAUUUUUUAUGAAGGUAAAGAAUGUGAAUUCUGAAAGUCAUCUUGAGUGGUAUGAUGUAGAGAACAAGUGCUUCAUGAGAAUAGACAAUCUAACAUCCCGCCAAUGGAUCUGGUUUGGACUUUGCUCUAAUGGCUUGUUUUCCUUGGGAUGUUGA